AUGUCUCGAAGAAAUUUUGAUCAAUCAAAUUGCGGCAAUUGGGGAUACGAAUCAGCCUCACAUCGCACAUACAGACCUUGCAGUAGUGCAUACAGCGAUGGACAAUGCCCCAAUUCCCCCAAAGUUCCAAGGUCCUGCCUCGACACUGAUGUACACGGCAGCGUCGUACCGAGAAACUUUACCAGCAGUGUGCCGGAUUUUAUCGAAUUAAAUUGUGCCUACUCAAAUUGGGACAUUGAUCAAAUCUUUCCAAUUGAGGAAUCGUUCCAGAAUGCCCCAAACCUCCCCUUUUCCUCAGCCGAUUGCGAUUUUUCGUUGCCUAAAUUUACAUGCGAUCCUAAAAUCGAAAGUUCAUGUGUUCCAAUGAUUUACGAUUUUGAAAUAUCUGAGGAAUUUGAUUUUGACGAUUCUUGGUUGACUGGCGCCGUCUCUUCACCAUCGCUUCCUUAUGCUGAACAAUUUCAAUUUUGUAGUCAGACGUCGAGUUGUAAGAAGCUGCCAAACAUCCCAACAGGCGCUGGAACAUCGGCUCAAGAUAGCAAGUAUGCUGAUCUUUUGGAGUCUAAUUUCUGCGGACCAGAUCGGUGCCAUUGGGAUGGAUGUACUUCAAGAGCAACAUUCGCUACCCUCAAAGCUUUCAACAAACAUUUAAAGAAUAUACAUUUGAGUCCCUUAGUCUGUGACUUUGAGGGUUGUGGCUAUCAGAAACCAUUUAGAAAUAAGUAUGACUUGGAACGACACCGACAAACUGCACACGUUCGUGCACGUAAUCACGAGUGUCCAUUUGUACACUGUGGAAACAUAGGGUUCGCCCGCAAAGACAAACUGUGGGUUCAUAUCCGGGAAUGUCACGAUAAACCAUCUACCGUCAGCAUGUGUCCUGUAAUUCACUGCGGGAAAAUAGUUGAGACGCCUAUCUCCGAGCACAUGCAGAGAGAACACGGAAGCUUUGAAUGCAGGUUGAGCAGGUGUGGAACAAAGCAAAGUCGCUUCACGGAUAUUCAACUCGAAAGUCACUUGAGAAGUGCGCAUGGAUUGAAUUCUGGGGAAGCGUCAGAAGCUGUUGGUGCGGCCAAGAAAACUCCAGAUAAAACGAUACGGAGAGGAGAGCUCUACACAAAAUCGGGGAUUAGAGAAUGUGCCAUUUGCAAUCUCUGA